AUGGAUAUUAUUUCACUCUUAUCGCCGCAGGACUCCCCUUCGGGCAAGUCGACUCCCGCUGCUGCUUCUACUCGUGCCGCUGCCACCGCUUCCUCUGGCUCAGCCCCCACAUUCGCCCCGACGCCUUCUCCUGUCUCCGCCGCUUCCGCCUCCGCUUCCCCUCACCACAAUCACCACAAAUCACGCCAGAAUUCUGGCAGGGCUGGCAUGACCUCGUCGCCGCUUGUUCAUCAAAUCCUCAACCACACACAACUUCGCGAUCCGUCUCCCCAGGAUCUCACCCAAGGCAACGGUACACGCACCCCUCCAUCCAGCGAGCUGCAGCCCGCCAGAAAAUCCUCUACUCCGGGAAUAGACGCCUUGGCAGAUCUCGCCUCCAUGCAACGUCCCCAGCCUCACCGCGCAAAUCCCCCGAUCAGGAGGAAUGCCAGCACUGAAAUACACGAGAGUCAGAUGUCCCCGUCCACCCUCAACCCUACCGUCAACCCCAUUCCGCGAAACCACUCCACCCCUCGACCCCAUUUCGAUGUAUCUGAGGGUCUGAAGGAGGCCAACAGACGGGACUUUUCAAACUCCUCGUUGACUCCCAACAUGCAACAGAUGGCCUCAGAGCUAUAUGCCCAUAUCCAGCAGAACCGCCAUGCCUACGAGUCGCGCGUUAAAUUCAUUCGUCUGCUCCACCAAGGGUUUGUCGAACAUGUCUAUCCGCCUUCGUCACCAGAUUCCCGCGGGGACCCUCACACAUACGAUGUUUUGCCGGAGCUGCGUGCUGCGCGAGAGGAACUCGACCAUCUUUUCGCUAUCGGGGAAGAUCUGUGGGCUGAGUGGAUACAGGACGAAAGUGUGCUGGCGCGUUCGGUUGAUGAACAAGUAGGUGUGAUGGAACUGUGUCGCCGAUCAGUUGAUGAAGAGUAUGGCAGCACGAAGCUAUGGAUCAUAUACGGCGAGUGGAUGCUAUAUCUCUACAACUCCGCUUCUCAGCCUGGGGACACCCCGGUAUCUCGCCAGUGGUCUGAAGAGGAUAGAAUCGUGGCCCAGAAGACCUUUACGUGGCAGUCAGUCGUAGAUGUUUGGAUGAAUGCGGCGGAAGCUACAAACUGGAGAAUAAAUGAUAGCCAUCUCGUCUGGGAUCGCUAUUUGGAAAUUGUGGUACAGGAUGUGGGCAAGCAACCGUCCCCCGACAAACUUGCCCAUGCAAGGGACUUGUUUGUCAACAGACUUCAGGUACCCCAUAUGACCUGGGACCAGACCUUCCAAUUAUUCUCUAACUUUGUCUCUACUUAUUAUAACAACCAUUACGAAGAGACCAUGGUCGACAUGACGAAUAGGGCAGCGCACGCCAAAGCCUUGUGGAAUGCUCGGGAGGUACGAGAAGUGGAGCUUCGGCGAUCUGCUGAGGCUGGAGAUAGCGGUACGGAGUGGAGCUUGUUCGUUGCAUAUAUCGAGUGGGAACUGAACCAGAACCGGCGAAAAAACCAAUAUAGCUUUGACCUAAUAUGCGCGCUCUAUCAGCGUGUCGUCCUGCGCUUCCCCACAGACGUUGGGUUUUGGGAAGAUUAUAUCAUGUUCAUUGUAGAGGCGUCCAUGAACGGAGGUCCACAUAGCCACUACAUUCCUGCCCUUCCUUCCCUGGAGCGCGCCACUCGACAUUGUCCAUGGUCCGGAACUCUCUGGUCACAGCGUAUCCUCAGCGCCGAACGCGCGGGGCUCUCGUUUACUCAGAUCGCUGACAUCAAGCACAAAGCGACGCGGACUGGCCUGUUGGACACUGGAGGUAUUAACGAGGUGAUCAAGGUCCACACCACAUGGUGCAGCUACUUGCGUCGACGAGCCUUCCAACCCGACUCGACAGACGAAGAUCUAGAUGUUGCCGAAGUAGGAAUCCGCUCUGCGAUAGAAAGCAUCCAGGAACUAGGCGAGAAGGACAACAAAGCGGUCCCCAACGACCCACUCUUCCGUCUCGAGCGAAUUUACAUCCGGUACCUAAGCGAAAGCGGAAGCUGGGACAGCGCCCGUGAAACCUUCAAGGGGCUAGUUGCAAGGCACGGGCACAGCUACGAGUUCUGGAUGAUGUACUACACAUGGGAACUUCUCUGCUGGAGCAAAUUCACGCAGUCGGAUGAUAGCGCCAGCGCAUCGCGGAGAACACCGAAUCCCAGCCUCGCUACCGCAGUGCUGAAACAAGCUCUCCAACGAACGGAUCUGGACUGGCCUGAAAAGAUCAUGUCGACGUACAUUGAUCACUGCGAGCAUUACGAAGAUGCAGACGAGCUCCAGAUAGCUGUUGUUGGGUUUAGGAAGGCAAUGAAAGCAUUGACGAAAAGGCGAGAGGAGGAGGCGCUGCAGGCUGCGGCUCAUCAAUCAGCGGCAGCAGCAGCAAUAACAAGCACUGGCCCUUCAGCUGAUGUGCCAGCAAUGUCAGCGAUGGGGACCGGACUCGAAGUCGAGAAUGAGACGACACCACAGGGAAGUAAACGGAAGCGUAGAGUCGAGGAAGUGGAUGUGAAUGGGUCAGCGAGCAAAAAGGCUAAAGCGGAUGAUGACGGCACUCCUCCCAAAAGAGAUCGGGAGAAUGCCACUGUUAUUGUGGAGAAUUUACCGUCGGGAGUUACAGAGACCAGAGUCAGGCAGUUCUUUAGAGAUUGCGGAAAAAUAAAUUCUUUGAAACUACUUUCGCGAAACGGCAAUCAGCCUAGGGCGAUUGUCGAGUUCGACACACGAGAGGAUGCCCUGGCCGCUCAGACGCGAGAUCAACGGACAUUCGAAGACCAAACGAUCUCCGUCCAUGUCGGAACAAAUACCACGCUGUUCGUCACCAAUUUCGCGCCUACAGCUGAUGAAGCGUAUGUUCGCGAUCUUUUCAGUCCGUACGGCGAAGUCGUCGAUAUCCGAUUCCCAUCCCUUAAAUACAACACGCACAGACGCUUUUGCUACGUCCAAUUCCAAACGGCCAUUGCUGCUCAUGCAGCGACAGAGUUAAACGGAACCCAACAAGAAGUCGUUGGGGAUUUAGCAGGCUCAGCGGGCUCCAUGAAACUUCCUCUCGUCGUCAAGAUAUCGGACCCUACGAAGCGGCAGGAGAGGACGGGGCCGACGGAAGAGGGUCGCGAAAUCCACGUUUCGAAUCUGGACUGGAAAGCGACGGAGGAUGACUUGGUGGAAUUAUUCGCGGCAUAUGGACAGGUUGAAGCGGCGCGGAUUCCGAGGAAGGCUAAUGGGGCGAGUAAGGGUUUUGGGUUUGUUGUUUUUCAGGCGAAGGAAUCCGCUGAAGCCUCCCUCGCUAUGAAUGAGCAACUGUUCCGCUCCCGCCCACUGCACGUCCACAUUUCCACCCCUACUGCCGCCAAACGCCAAGCAGCUACAAUACUAUCCCGUGUCGGCGCCGGAGGCCGCUCCAAGUCUCCCUCUAUGGAACCCAACGGCGCAUCGCCUUCCUCCUCAGCACCGCAUGCAUCCGAUCAACCUGACAGUAAUCCCAGCGACAAACACCUCCGUACCCUCGCCCUGAUGAAUAUCCCAGAUACUGUCAAUGACACGCGCAUCAGCGCCAUCGUCUCCCCGUACGGCGCGCUUGUGAAACUAAUCCUCCGCCCAGACCACCAAGGCGCUAUUGUGGAGUUUCUUGACGUGAACGACGCAGGCCGCGCAUCACUAGGCUUGGACGGGUAUGAAAUCGCUCCCGGCCGACGUAUACGCGUAGGGAGCGUGGGAGAGAUGUUGAGGAUGCCGGCGGAGAGGAGGGUAGAUAGGAUUCUUGUGGGCAAAGAGCGGGAGCAGGAGAAGAGAAUGAAGGAAAUGGAAAUGGAAAGUGACGCUCUUUCUGUUUCUGCUCCUGGGGCAGCGGGGAAGAGCAAGAUGGUUAUGAUGAAGCAGUCUGCUGCUCCUAUUCGACGACCUGCGCAGCCUGGAGGUGGAGUGCGGUCGGGUCGGAGAGGUGGGUUGGGUGUGAAGAGGGGUGGCGCUUCUGCUGCAACUGGUGUUGGUUCAGGCCAACAGCAUGCGCCCGCACAAGCAUCGCCAUUGACAGCAGAAAUUGCGCCGGCGAAGAAAAGCAAUGAUGAUUUUCGGGCCAUGUUGGAGUCGUCCAAGUCGCGGAGCCAGGGACAGGAGGGAGGGCAGGCGCAAGGGCAAGAUGGACGGGAACCACAACAAUAA